AUGAGGUCUCAUUGGCACUUUGACAAGGUGGUCCGAAGAGGUAUCAAAUGUGACAUCUGUGGCGAACGUAACACUUCAGUUAUACAAAAAUGCACAGGAUGUGGUCUUUGUACCUGUCGCGAUUGUCACCAGCGACACGCAUAUGACCAUAAUCACGUACUUGCCCACCGAAGGGAUCUUGACUGGGGCCACAGUCAUGCCAACGCGCCCGCUGGAUCUACAAAACGUGGUAGCAAUGAUCAACGGCCUCAGAUCAUCUCCUCACAACUUAUUGCAUCACCCAGACAUAACCGAGCAUGCCCUGGCUCUCCUGCAAGUGGGCAGUUAAGAAAAAUUGCCCCUCUGCAAAGCCAAGUUUCUGUUAACGAUAUUCGCCUCUAUAAUCAUGCAUUGUCUCACACUAGACUCUUCGAUCAAGGCGGCCUCGACAUGAGCGGUGCCUUGCCAGAUAGCACUAGUCCUGGCAGCGUUCUUCAUAGCGUACCUCAUGACCCUUCACAGACAGGUCAGCGAAACGCAUUGUCUCUCUGGGAUGUACAACCGCUCCAGAGAAUCCGUAGGAUGCGUAGAGAACCUAGAUACUCCGCAAAAACAUACCGCUCUAGUGGACAGCCCACACCUUCCCCGAGCUCAGCGACUCAGCGAAUUCCAGGCCAAACAGCAUCCUCUUCGAGAAGCAACAAUGACUGGGCACCGGCCGACAGAUCCAGCCUCCGAUUAGCCCUCCAGGACGUGUGGUAUACGAACCGACACCUAAGAGAUGCUCGCAUCACAGACGGUCACGAGGCGGCUCUUACAAUCUUCGAGGCCUCAGUCACACUGGUGAGCAUCUCCCAAAAGCCAGGAUGGAGUGAUGAGGCAAGAGCUUGGCUGGACAGGCAGCGUAGUGGUUUGGGAUGGCGGACUGGGAACCGUCUGGUUCGUGCUAAUAGCACGGUAUUGGACAUUCCUGAAACAGGUUACAUAGAUUAG